AUGGGCAAGACUACCCCCACAUACAGCCAGUUUGGCUGCAUUGGCUCUGGCUUUUCUGCCAUUGGCCUGGGCGCGACUCUGAAGCGAUGGUACGGCAUCACCGAUAUCCAGUUCUUCGAGAGGCACUCCGACUUGGGGGGCACUUGGUGGGCGAACAAAUACCCAGGAUGUGCCUGCGAUGUUCCCAGCAUCCUGUACAGCUUUUCCUUUGCGCCAAACCCCAAAUGGAGCCAAGUUCUCGCCACCGCCGACGAGCUCUGGCAAUACUUGAAAUAUGUCGCCAACCAGUACGAUUUGGAGAGCAAGAUGACGUUUCGGGCAGAGGUUUCCCGCUGCGAGUGGAGGGAACAGACGAAACGGUGGAGGAUGUACAUUCGAAACUUGGACACGGGCGAAACCCUCGUCCACGAGUGCCAGUUCCUCUUUGGCGCUACCGGACUCUUGGUGAAGCCUAGACCGUGCGAUAUCCCCGGCGCCGACUCCUUCAAGGGUCCUCUGUUCCAUUCCGCCGAAUGGAGACAGGACGUGGACGUGACGGGCAAGAAUGUCGUCCUGGUAGGCAACGGCUGCACGGCGUCGCAAAUCGUCCCUGCCAUUGUCAACAAGACCAAGCAUCUGAGCCAGUUCGUGCGCUCCAAGCACUGGAUCAUCCCGCCCAUCAACGUCCCAUACACCAAGUUUUGGCAGACCCUGUUCGAGCAUGUCCCCGGCGUGCUUGCCUUCUUCCGCUUCAGCAUCUUCAUGUAUGCUGAAAACGACAUGAGAGGAUUCUUCAUGACCAAGGCCGGCGAGGCAUAUAGGAAGCACUACGAGGGCGUUGCCACCAGAUACAUAAAGAAGACCGCCCCCGCCAAAUACCACGACAUGCUGAUCCCCGACUUUUCCCUGGGGUGCAAGCGGCGGAUCUACGACCCCGGCUACUGCAAGGCUCUGCACGCCACCAACUUGACUGUGUCGCAGGAGCCCAUUGUAGAGAUUGUGCCGGAAGGUGUCCGCACCAGGGACGGCAACGUGACCGAGGCGGAUGUCAUUGUCCUGGCCAACGGCUUCGACACCAAUGAAUUCAUGGCCGGCAUCGAGGUUGUCGGCAGAAGCGGCAAGACCAUCAAUGAGCAUUGGGAAUCCUGGGACGGGCCAGAAGCUUACGCUUGCUCGGCUCUGAAUGACUUUCCCAACUUUUUCAUGCUUCUAGGCAAGUUGCCCUCCCUUUUCCCCCCUUGUCCCAACACUGCCACGGGUCACACAUCCACCAUCUUGGCUGCUGAAAACAACAUCAACUACGCCCUGCGAGUCAUCAAGCCGGUUCUCGAUGGAGAGGCCCAGUUUGCCGAAGUAAGGCGCGACGCCGAGGAGAGGUACUCGCGAGAGAUGCAAGCAGCGCUCAAGAACACUGUUUGGUUCUCGGGCUGCCACAGCUGGUAUAACAAGGAGGAUGCGGACGGCAACAAGUGGAAUGCCAUGACGUAUCCCAAGUUUCAGCCGCAAUUCUGGUGGGAGAGCAUGUUCCCCGUGUACAGCGACUGGAUUUAUGAGGUAGGAGCUCGCACCGUCCACAUGGUACCUCAGGGCAAGGAACGCCAGCGUCGCCGCAAGAUAAGUCUUGCAUGUGAGCCGUGUCGCGAACGCAAGUCACGAUGUGAUGGCGGUAAGCCCAUCUGCUCCAUGUGUCGGCGACGAGCACUAGGGUUAGAAAGAUGCGUGUAUAAGUUGGAGAAUGCGAGGACGGCCAGCACAGAUGAGGACUCGCAUGUCCAAGUUCCGUCGCUAGACUUUGACCUUCCCCCCAUUGCUGAAGCAGAGACUGAAGCCGACACAAGGCAAACACCAACAUCCACGCCAAUCUGUUCGGACUAUAGCUUCUUGCGGCUGACGCCCACCAAGGAAUCCUCGUCAGUAGACUCGCCUCUCGUGCAAGCCCAGCCACCAAACACGGCAGCCUCCGCAGACAACGGCAUCGUCACCGCCGAACCAAACAGCAGCGUCUCAGCCAUGGGCACCGUUAUCACCGAUGACGACGUUUCCGUCUCCGAAGACUUCUACGGCAGUUCCUCUACAGCCUCGUUCUUCAAAGAAGCCUUCGACUCCAUGAAGGACCACAAGAAGCACCAUCACACGCAACCCCGGCGAGAAGCAGGCCGCGAUUGGCGCCGCGGCUCGUCCUACUUCGUGCCCUCUCAUCAAUUCUCCCUGCCGCCUCGCGACCUCGCAGACCACCUGGUCGCCACAUUUCGUGAAAAGGUCUACUACAUGUAUCCGUUCUUUCACUUGCCUUCAUUUGAGGCUGCAUAUCGCAGUCUCUGGAAGCCUCAAGCCGAGCCAAAGCGUCCUUCCACCUCUUCACCAACCAGUCUCGGGCUGGGUUGUUAUCCUGACGGUGACGCAAACACGAUUUCGUUUCAUGCUGCACUGAAUGCCAUUUUUUCACUUGCGUGUCAUUAUUCGGACCUCCCGCCCGCCGAGCGACUGGCCGCCUCGACGACGUUUUUCCUCAGGACAAAGCCCUUUGUGAAUAUUGAUCUUUUGGAGGCGAAUAAUUUAAGUGUCGUACAGACCUUGUUGCUCAUUGCGUUGAAUUUGCAGGGCACGCCGCAUCCAAGUCGGUGCUGGAAUGCGAGCGGUGUCGCAUGUAGAGUUGCUCAGGGGCUGGGUUUGCAUGCAGAGCACCAUCAGGACACGAGGGGCGCACUGGAGAAGGAGAUUCGGAGGAGGACCUGGUAUGGCUGUAUUGUAAUGGAUAUGUUGGUGAGCAUGACAUACGGCCGCCCGGCUAUGACAACACACAUUUCAGUAUUGCCGCUCCCGUCCGGGUUUGAGAAGAAUCUCUCGGUGCCUGUGGAGCCACAUCAGGUCGCACCUAGAUUUCGGUUCUACAGAGAAAACAUUCGCCUCUGCGGGAUACUGGAGGAUAUUCUAUCCAAGGUAUACCAGCCGUGGAUGAAUCGCGUGUCGCCUGAUCUAUCUCCUAUCACGGGCGGGAAUACCUCGCCGUAUUACAGCCUCGAUACGAUUGUCAUGCUACAUAGGAAGUUGUCUGAUUUUGAAAAUUCCGUGCACGAGACGCUUUCGUGGAAGAGAGAGGGAGAGAUUCCGUCUGAAUAUGCUGCGCUGUUUAAAGCUCAGAGACUGCUGCUUCAUGGUCGUUUUAUAUAUCUUCGCAUCAUGCUGCUUCGACCCAUUCUAACACACCUCUCAACACACGAGCAACCAAAAUCCGUAGGUCCCAAGCUAGAAUCAACUACGUUCACGGAUCCUAUUCUAGCAGGGACAUCGCUCCAAUGUGCGAAAUUAUGUGUCGAGGCGGCGAUAGAUUUGUUGCGACUACUUCAUACCAAUUUUAAUCCACAGGUUCCAGGGUCAUGGUGGUGGGAUGUCCUGUAUGCCUGCACGGCUGGCAUCGUACUUAUCAUAGCGAGGACAUGUCCCACCCUCGUCCCGUCACUCAAUCAAGCCCAAAUGUCAACGGCUUGGGACGAAUGCCAACAGAUUCUGAAGCAUGUUGCUUCGUUCAACGCGUCUGGGCGACAGUCUCUCAAAAUGCUUCAGAUCAUCCAUAGUAAAGUCUUGGUUAAAUCAGGAAGCAGCCCAGCUAGUCCCAACCUGCGACCCCAAACCACUCCAGCGGCGGAAGAAUGUGAUCUGUUGCAGUCGGUGGCGUUUGAUUCCGCGACGAAUUUUGACUUGUCGACAGAACCUGAGUUUCAGGGUUUUGGAGAUUUGGAUAUGAUUGGGUCGUUUUUCAACUGGGAUACUACGAGUUUUGAUGCGUUUGGGGGAGUGCCGAUACAGAAUUAA